UUUAAAAGGUGAUAAUUGCUUCAGUUUUAACAGCAAAGAUUAGCCUCGUGUUCCUUAUCACUCUCCAUUUUUUUUCCUCCAAGAAUUUUUGGAUUUCAAUGACAAUUGUUUGAGAGGGUGUUGAUCAACAUGUUCUCGUUGAUGUCAACGCCUCUCUGCAACUAUGGCGUUUCAAAGGUCCCUUUACCCACUUCUUCUUUCAAUUUCAAAUACAACAACAAUCCCAGGUUUCUCAGUUGCAGAAAAGCCUUACAAAUACAUGCCAAAGCAACAAAUGAAGUAGAUACUCGGACUGAAACAGUUGAGGAAGAACACAAAGAAGAAACUUUAGAAUCUGAACCCAAAAAAGAAAGCAACAACAUCUCCAGCUUUUCCUCUCCUUCCACUGCACCGCUUGACAAGGACCUUAGAAAGGUGGUUCAGCAGACUGCUGCAACCUUUGCACCGAGGGCUUCCACCGCUACUAAAAACCCUGCCGUGCCCGGAACUGCCUUGUAUACUGUUUUUGAAGUUCAAGGCUACGUCUCAUUGCUGUUGGGUGGAGCUUUGUCUUUCAAUCUCAUAUUUCCAUCAAAUGAACCUGAUAUUUGGAGAUUGAUGGGGAUGUGGUCCAUUUGGAUGUUCACCAUUCCUUCCCUUCGAGCUCGAGACUGUUCAAAGAAUGAAAAAGAAGCCCUUAAUUAUCUCUUUCUCAUCAUCCCCUUGCUAAAUGUUAUAAUCCCUUUCUUUUGGAAGUCUUUUGCAAUUGUCUGGUCUGCAGACACCGUAGCCUUCUUUGCCAUGUAUGCCUGGAAGCUUGGAUGGCUACAGAAAACAGAGUAGAAAUUCAGUGAACUGGCUUCAAUUCCAAGCUUUCAAACUCCUGAAUCACUGAUGCAUGCGAGAUAUAAAUUUUCUUUAAACUGAUUGCUGCAGCAACGCACAACCAGAAUGAAGAUUGUUCAUGAUUAACAAGGCAGGGUGUGGUUGUUUCAUUUGAGCAAUAUAUUCUUGGAAUCUUGGCUGUUUCUUUUUUUUUUUUUUCUUUAUUUUGAAAUUUAAGCUUGCAAGUUGUUGUUUCUCAGGAAUUAUAUGUGUAAAGGCAAAAGUCCAUUUGGAAGAUCUAACGAUCUGAAUUUCUUCAGACAUCUUCUUGUUUGACAUCUAAACUGAUAAACCUGUGAGAUUAUCAUCGUGUGGUUUGAGUUUCUAUCUUUGAAUAAACUCUAAGGUAUCCAUUCUUGAACUCAGGGAAGAAA